CCCGGAAGGAGCCCCGCCCCCCGGAAGCCGGAAGCGGAAGCGCCGCGGAGGGGCGGUGGAACGGAGCUGGCCUGGGCCGGGCCGGGCCGGGGGACGCGAUGGGGCGCGGUGGUGGCACCUUCGAGCGGCUCCUCGAUAAGGCAACGAGCCAGCUCCUGCUGGAGACGGACUGGGAAUCCAUCCUGCAGAUCUGCGACAUGAUCCGGCAGGGAGACACCCAAGCAAAAUAUGCUGUCAACGCGAUCAAGAAGAAAGUCAAUGACAAGAAUCCCCACGUGGCUCUCUACGCGCUGGAGGUCAUGGAGUCAGUGGUUAAAAACUGUGGCCAAACGGUCCAUGAUGAGGUGGCCAAUAAACAGACUAUGGAGGAACUGAAGGAAAUACUCAAGAGGCAAGUGGAGACCAGUGUCCGCAGUAAGAUCCUGUACCUUAUCCAGGCCUGGGCUCAUGCCUUCCGCAAUGAGCCCAAGUACAAGGUGGUGCAGGACACCUAUCAGAUAAUGAAGGUUGAAGGCCAUGUAUUCCCGGAGUUCAAGGAGAGCGAUGCCAUGUUCGCGGCAGAACGGGCUCCAGACUGGGUGGAUGCUGAGGAGUGCCACCGAUGUCGAGUGCAGUUUGGGGUUGUGACGCGGAAGCAUCAUUGCAGGGCCUGUGGGCAGAUCUUCUGUGGGAAGUGCUCUUCCAAGUAUUCCACCAUCCCAAAGUUUGGGAUUGAGAAGGAAGUGAGAGUCUGUGAGCCCUGCUACGAGCAUCUCAACAAGAAAGCUGAGGGUAAAGCUGCUGCCACCUCCGAGCUGCCCCCCGAAUACCUGACCAGUCCCCUCUCUCAGCAGUCCCAGCUGCCUCCAAAGCGUGAUGAGACAGCGCUGCAAGAGGAGGAGGAGCUGCAGCUCGCAAUUGCCUUGUCUCAGUCAGAGGCGGAGGAGAAGGAGAGAAUGAGGCAGAAAACAACCUACUCCAUGUACCCAAAGGCUGAGCCCACUCCCGUCACAUCCUCAGCUCCCCCGGUCAGCACGCUCUACUCCCCGCCCGUGAAUUCCUCUGCUCCCUUGGCUGAGGACGUUGACCCAGAGCUGGCUCGGUACCUGAACCGCAACUACUGGGAGAAGAAGCAAGAGGAGGUUCGCAAGAGCCCCACGCCAUCAGCACCCCUGUCCCUUGCAGAGCCAGCUGCCCAGCCCGGGGAGGCCCACCCUGCACCGCUCAGUGUUGUGGAGCAGCAGUACCAGAAUGGCGAGUCUGAGGAGAACCACGAGCAGUUCCUGAAGGCACUGCAGAACGCAGUCACCACGUUUGUCAACCGCAUGAAGAGCAACCACAUGCGGGGCCGCAGCAUCACCAACGACUCUGCCGUCCUGUCCCUCUUCCAGUCCAUCAACAACAUGCACCCCCAGCUGCUGGAGCUGCUCAACCAGCUGGAUGAGCGCAGGCUGUACUACGAGGGCCUGCAAGACAAACUGGCCCAGAUCCGGGAUGCGCGCGGAGCCCUGAAUGCACUGCGGGAGGAGCACCAGGAGAAGCUGCGCCGUGCAGCAGAGGAGGCAGAGCGCCAGCGCCAGAUCCAGCUGGCCCAGAAACUGGAGAUCAUGAGGCAGAAGAAGCAGGAGUACCUGGAGAUGCAGCGUCAGUUGGCCAUCCAGCGACUGCAGGAGCAGGAGAAAGAGAGGCAGAUGCGCCUGGAACAGCAGAAGCAGACCAUCCAGAUGCGAGCCCAAAUGCCAGCCUUCUCCCUGCCUUAUGCCCAACUCCAGGCCAUGCCCGCAGCCGGUGGGGUGCUUUACCAGCCCUCUGGGCCCAGCAGCUUCCCUGGCACCUUCAGCCCAGCCAGCUCAGUGGAAGGCUCUCCCAUGCAUGGCGUGUACAUGAACCAGGCAGCGCAGGGGACCACUGGGCCGUACACAGCCAUGCCCGUCGCAGGGACAGAUCCCAGCAUGGUGAAUGCCUACAUGUACCAGGCAGGGGCAGGGAGUGGGCAGGCGGUGCAGCAGGGCCCCGCGGUGCCCACCACCACCCCUGCAUACUCUUCCUACCAGCCGACCUCAACCCAGGGCUACCAGAGUGCAGCCUCACAGUCACAGAGCAUCCCGGCCAUCUCUCAAGCCCCCCAGUCAGGUGCCAUGGGCUACAUGGGCACCCAGUCAGUCUCCAUGGGCUACCAGCCCUACAGCAUGCAGGGUCUCAUGUCUGCCCUGCCGGGCCAGGAAGCAGCACUGAGCUCUCUGCCAGCUCAGCAGUCCUACCUGCCCGGGCAGCAGCCCCUCUACCAGCAGAUGGCACCUGCGGGAGGGACCCCGCAGCAGCAGCCUCCGCAGCAGCCCCCGCCCGCCCCGGCGCAGCCGCCGCAGGGCAGCGGCGAGGCUCAGCUCAUCUCCUUCGACUGACCUCGGCGAGGCGCCGCCUGAGACACUGCUCGACCUCCGGAACCGCGUCCCUUCUCCCGCUCCUCGUCCUGCCCUCCCGGCCCCGGGGACGGGACUCCGCGGGACCCAGCAGCAGGAGCGCGGCCCCGGGACCGUGCCUGGUGCCCGAGGAGCAGCCUCGCGCCGUCCCGCCGAGCCCCGUUCCCCAUCACCCCCCCCCGUUCCCCCCCGUCCCCGGG